CCUAUUGUUGAUAAAGUAUGUUACAGCGGUGAUACAUGUGUCGUCUUUUUGACACAGUUAUUAUGUCCUCGGCUUUUCCCCUUGGUCGAACUACGUUUACCUGUGAUUGUGACCUUGUCUUUCCGGGAAACCGAUAUUGACAGUGGUCUCGUCAAAAUAUUUCGACACCAUGAGAGCUGGACCAUUGACGACAUGAUCCAUUCUGUACCUCUGAUUUCCUAUUGGUACGAUCACAUAGUACGAUUCAUGAUGGGCAAGUUACUGGUAUCGGCUGGUCACGUCAUCCACGUCACGACGGAGACAAUUGAUUUACUUUCUACACGAAGUCGCGAGAUCGAAGAAGCACGUAUCCAACUAGCCUUGUUGAACGCUUCCAAAGCCGCCACGCAGAGAAAAUAA